UUACAGGUGGUACUUUGCUGUGACGCUGCAUGAUGCAGAGAAGCCCUUCUGCUCAAACCUUUGAAAUAAUUCUGCUCCUGAAACUGGCUCAUUGUGUACCUGGGUCACUAAAUGGUAUCCACUACCAGCUCCUUUCCAGCCAGGAAUAUUUUAAUACCAUUUUUGAAAACGGGUCUUUCAACAGUUAUCUAAAACUUGUCAUCACUUGUUAGCAAUCUGAUUUAAAUCUGAGACUUACUGGUAAUACAAUUGAGGGUUGGGGGAACACAGGGAGUUGGGUAUCAGCAACAGCAAUGGAAAUUUGAUUUAUACAGAGCUGGCAAGCUGUAUUGGGUUAUAUUUAAUUUAAUUUAAUGUUUAAUAUUUUCAGAUCAAACAUAUUGGAUUAUUGCAAUGAAUACAAGGAGAUGUUUUCAAAUUGUUUUAUUUGGGGAUAAAAAGCUAUUAAAACCUAAGAUGGAAAAAUAAUUCACCCCCCUGUUUAAUCCACUUAAAACUGUAGGUUCAUUAGCCAUGCCUAUGAUUACUGCUGGGCCCAUAAAAGGAAAUAGUAAAACUUGAAUAGGAUCUUUUCAGCUAUGUGAAGUAGUAGACUGAUUUCAAAAAUAAACCUUGUGGUCAGAUUGAAAUCAAUUCAAGAAUAGACUAGACACGGCUCCAAUGAUAUCAGCCUGAAAGGGUCACUGAGCCAUUUUUGAGGCAUUGUGAUCUAUUCUUGAUAAACUUGAGAAAACAUUGGAAAUUACUCAACACUUGUUGGGUAAUAUUUUAUGUAUUUAUUUUGCAUAGACUACAUUACAGUAGUCCAAUCACAUUUUUUUUUUCUUUUAACCGUUAUGAACAUGCUUGCAAAGUGUUUUCAGAGACGUACGGUCCGCUACAGGAGAUCCGUCCUGCUCACAAUCAACAAUGCAUUUCCAUUUAUUUGAAAAAAGAAUUUCCCUUUGGCAUCAAAGUAUUUUUGAAUUAAAUUUUAAGAUUAUCCCAAGUCCCACACACAUAUCUCACGCCAACCUUCAGGAACCACUUGUAUAAUAUAAACUUAAAAUGUAAACUCUAUAACCUACAUAUGUUACUAUUUAAGUGCAAAUGUGAGCAUGUUUAUUUUCACCAUCUUUCCCAUGUGGUUUAAUUGGGUACAGUGUUCAUUUUGAAGGCAUCUGUAGAGACAGAAGGAGGGGGGUCAGUUUGGUUGGGGGAGGUGCUUUAAAAAACACACAGGAAGAACAGAGACCUGCGUGUUAAUGUUUAACCUGAAAAACAUAAAAAUCCCCCGCGGUGCAACGCCUCGAAGCAACCAACCUUGAACGCAGAAAACAUUUUAUCUAGUAUAAAACUACACGAGCAUUUACAAACCAAACAAGAGCCACCCCCACCCUUUAAGAAAGCAGGGCCAAAGUUCACAGGAAGCUGGGGGGCUGCCAUUUUUCCCCUGCUGCUGCUAACGUUUAACGGUAGAUGCUAAAGCGACGGGAGGGGCGGCUGGUUCGGGCUUUUCUAGCUAGCUGGCCUCGGUGGAUCGAGACCGUAAAAGCGUAAUCUGUCAGUUCUCCGUCGGUCGACGCCAACGACCAUUGUUGUUUGAUGAAUUCGGUAUGGAGAAGGUAGCGGAGCCGUCUUGGACCUCUUCGUACACCUACCAGGUGAGCAAGCACAGCGUGGAGAUGCUACACAACCUCAACGUUCAGAGGAAAGAUGGAGGCAGGUUCUGCGACGUGAUCCUGCGCGUCGGCGAGGAGAGCUUCCCCGCUCACAAAGCGGUGCUGGCCGCCUGCAGCGAGUACUUCGAGUCGGUGUUCGGCCGUCAGACAGAGGGCGAGGGCGACGCCAAGGAGCUGGAGAUGCACACGAUCAGCCCGAAAGUUUUCAAAGACAUCCUGGACUUCGCUUACACAUCCAGGAUCGUGGUUCGGCUGGAGUGUUUCCCGGAGUUGAUGACGGCUGCCAAGUUUCUGCUGAUGCGGUCCGUCAUCGAGAUAUGUCAGGAGGUCAUCAAGCAGUCCAACGUCCAGAUCCUCGUCCCAACCACCCGGGGAGGAGAGGCCAGUCUCUUCCAGGCCGCGGGGGCCACGGAGCUGGGUUUCUCCGUGGCUCCGCCGGAGCUGGUAAACGGAACGGGUAUAUUGUUAAACGGCCAAGGCUUUGUGAACAGUACGCAGAUGCAUUUGGACCAGAGCGGAGACACGCCAGCAGUGCUGCUGGAGGACGGCUGUGAGUCGUCGGUGCCGAUGUUGGAGCCUGUCGAAGGACUUUCUAUGUCCCCGUCGGCGGAAAUCACGGGGAGCAUGUUUCAUCACGACGCUGGCUCGCCUGGAUCCAAACGAGGAAGAGGGAGACCGAAGAAAGAGGCUGUCCACUUUAAUCACGUUAACCAGAAGGACAACGGACAGCUGUUCCCCUGCGGGGCCUGCGGGAAAGCUUUCACAGAAGCGUCUCGGUUAAAGAACCACGAAGCGCAACACGGAGCCUCCACCGGGGGCGUCCACAGCCUCGGAGACGGCCUGUCAGCUCCGGGGGGUCUGUCUUUACUAUCGCAGUCCGGGCUGCUGGAAAACGGGGUGCAGCUACCCGGAGGACUGACGCUGGACAACAACCGCAAGCGGGAGCGGACCAGGCGGCAUGUGGGUUGUGACAUUUGCGGGAAAGUUUUCCGGGACGUGUAUCACCUGAACCGACACAAGCUGUCCCACUCCGGGGAGAAGCCGUACGCGUGUCCCGUGUGCGGGCUGCGGUUCAAGCGCAAGGACCGGAUGUCGUACCAUGUUCGGUCCCACGAUGGCUCGGUUGGCAAACCGUAUGUGUGCCAAAGCUGUGGGAAGGGUUUCUCCAGACCUGACCACCUGAAUGGACACAUUAAACAAGUGCACACGACAGAGAGACCCCACAAGUGCCAGAUUUGUAACGCCUCCUUCGCGACAAGAGACCGCCUCCGGUCGCACCUCGCGUGCCACGAGGACAAAAUUCCCUGCAAAGUUUGCGGCAAGUUCCUGCGAGCCGCAUACAUGACGGACCACCUAAAGAAACACAGCGAGGGAACUCACAACUACUGUGGCAUUUGCAAUAAAGGUUUCUCCACUGCGUCCUACCUUAAGGUUCAUAUAAAGACACACCAUGGCUCAUCACUGCCCACUUCUACCACAAUGCACACCUUCCCCGAUCCAAGGGGGGAGCUGCAGCUCCAGAUGCACAACGGCACCCCUUACCAAACGGGACGCCAGUGCUCAAUGGAAGACGGACAGGAAAACGCCGGCAAGUGUCCCCACCUGGAAUCGGAGGAGUCGGAUACUUCGCUAAGGGAAUUGUCCAACGUUGACGAGCUUAAGUCUCCAACCAAACCCGACGGACCGGAGCUUGAGAUGCCCUCCCUCGCCUGCAACGGGGAUCCCACCGGGAUUCUUGGCUCUCCAGAUGCUUCUAAAGCCAACGGAGACCCUGAGAAGAAGUUUAUCUGUGGGAUCUGUGGCCAGGCGUUUCGCACCAAGUCCUACCUCAACAAGCACCAGCACCGAGUUCACAAAGCCCAGCGGACCCACGGGGUCCCGGGGUCUGGCUUAAGCGAGAUGGCACCCUCCCUAACGUCCCCCUUUUCCCCCCAACAAAACAUGUCCCUCCUCGAGUCAUUCGGCUUUCAGAUAGUCCAGUCUGCCUUCGCCUCGUCUCUUGUGGACCCUGAGGCAGGUCAGAGUGGAAUCGACUUUGGAGGGAAGUAACGGUUUUUCGGAGGCUUUUACAGGCCGCCGUUUGGCCUCUUCGUUCUUAGGACAAAGCCGGGUUGCCCACAGAAAACGCCCCGUGUUUGGGAAGAACUUUGCCUCAAGACUACUCUUUUUGUUUGUCUCGUUGCUUAACCUGCAUCCAGAGUUUUUUGUCAGAAACUGCCAUUGAAGUCCUACUUUUCUACGUUUUUGAGGAUAAAAAGGGGUGUGUUCACCAUUUAAAGUUUGUGUGUAAAGAAAUAAGUUUUUUUUUUUCACAGAUGUCAGUCUCUGAAGGUUAUGUUACAUUUCUUUCUCCAAUGGUUUUAUUCUGAGCUUACUCAGCUGCACAAAUAUUCUUCUCAUGAGAUGACUUAUUGACGUUACCUUUAGGUGUAGUUGCUAACUUAUUCACUUUAGCUGCUCUCGCCAGCUUUAAAACGGAUCUUUGGCCAUCCCAGCAAUUACAGAAGACUUUACCUCAGAGCAACAGCAGGGCUUAUAUUUAGAUUCAUAUAAAGGUUUUUUUGUCUUCUAGUUGGGAAUUUAAAUUGGCUUUAGUUUUUUGUUUUUUUUUUGGUUAUAUUGUGACGAUGAAAUAUACCGAACAGGCUGACACUGUUUGAGAAAAAGAGAUGCAGCAUCCAAUCCGCUCAUCACCCUGGUAAAGAUGCAAAACUCAUCUUAAAAUAAAUUCAUCUGUUAUUGCAGCAGCACUGAAAAAAGUGGGGGGGGGAAAAGACUUCCAAGUGGCACACUUAUUAAUAAUUCACCCUAUAUAUUCUCCAAUUACGUUUUUUAACCGAUUUUCUGGUGCCUAAUUUAUCUCCUAAAUAACAAAAAAUGAAAUGCUUAUUGUAGCUCAGGUUAAGUUGAAAACUGAACUGUUUUAACAAUAAAAUGUUAAUGGGAAGCUAAAAAUACAGUAAAUUACUCCAGGUGUCUCAACAUGGUAUCUCAAAGAGUUUAUGAUCCCAAAGUUUCAUGGCCCUGUAGAAGAAAGGCAGACCCACAGUAUCACACAUCUUCCACCACACCUUUAUUUUACACCUGGAGUGUUUUUUGCUUAAAAGCUUAUGCUUGUUAUCUGGUCUAAGCACACUGUUCAGGUUAAAGUAACCAGCAGAGUUUGACAAACGUUGAGUUUUGGCAAGAUAAAAAUCGGUCCUCAUUCACCUUCUUAGUUGUAGUUAAUACUUUAAUGUAACUCUGACUUUUGGUGUGGAAAAACAAAGGUUAGUAGCUAUUUUUGUAGAUAUUUAUAGACUUCUGAAGAUCAACAUAUGUUGGACGACUUUCUCAUUUUGCAGAGCUGUUGAGAGAAUUGAGUCCGUCGCAUUAUUUAUAUAUCUCAGGACAAGGAGAAGUCUGAAGUAAAUGCCAAUUUAUGUUAAUAUUGCAUUACAUUAGUUGUAAUAAAAUAUUUUGGAUUUUUACUGCAGGAGAAUAAUUUUAUCAUUAGACAUUUUGUUCAUUAUUUCUAAAACUGAGUUGGAGGAAAGAAAAACAAACUUAAAUAUUGAAUUUACUUAGUAUUAAGCUGCUGUCAUGGAGAUGAAUUUACAUUAAGGGUUUUCUGUGCCAGGUCUGCUGUAUAUUAUGUUUUCAGAAAUAUCAGUUUUUAAACACCCUCAUACAGUUAAGAAGCACUUUUCAAAGGGAUUCUCUUUGUUUAUGUUUUAUGUGCUCAUUAAAUUGUGUAAAAGGAGAAAAAGAAAUUCAAGGAAGAAAAGUCAUGGAUUGAUUUAAAUUUAGACAAACGUGGCUAGAGUUUGUUAAAUGAACAGUGAUCUGACUCUUGUUUUUUUUUUUGUUUUUUUAUCUCCUCUCUGAUACUGCUGAACCAGAAGUCCUACUUUGAUUAUAUUUCCUAAUUUCACUAAAACGCGUCCAAACAGAGGAGGAGUACAGAAGAGCAACCCAAGGAUUCGCAGACAGAUUUUAAAUAGAAGGUCUGGAUAAUGACGGAGUCUUUGUGUUAGUUUCUUGAAUGAGUUAAAUGCAUGAAACGGGGACCAAGAUCAGGUAUAUUUUCCUUAUAUAUUUUAAAAGAUGUAGAUUAUAUUUUAAUAACUUAUUCAUACCCUGAGUUUUGUGUUUUGUUUUGUUCUUUUAUUCACUGUCAAAAAUCUUGUUUUAUUCUCGUGUUUUCACUUUAAUUUAUGGUGAACGGAGGCGUGAAUAUGCGUGUUGUGGAAGAAGUGUUGGGACGCUUCGCCAAGGGAGCGAGUCGCAGCUGACAGAGCCACCUGGUCAAUGGUUUUACACCUUCCUUCAUCACCUGCACUUUCCCUCUUCCUCGUCAUCUUGUGCUCAGAGCCGUUUGUGCUGCAUCCUGUUGCCAUGGCUCUCUUUACAUUAGCGGCUGCUUUCUUGGGUUGGAUGUUACACGAUUGAGUCUUACGCGAUGCGUUUAUGUGGCAGAGACAAACAAGCAGUUGAUUGAAAACCUCAUUUUAUGGGGACAUGAGGAAUUAUGCAACAUAUUUCAAUGGGUAUGCUUGAUUCAUGUCAAAGGCAUCAAACGUUUUGUAAAUUAAUGGUUAAGAUCGCAUCCAGUCGGUUUACUUUCAAACCCUCAGUUUGGUUUACUCCUCACUCAAAGCUCAGCAGGAAUAAAAGCCAAUAAACAUUUAUGUUUUAAGUUAUUUGGCUUUUCCUCAAAAGCACCUGAUUCUACCGUAUUUCUGGAUUUAUCUGAUUGCUGCUCCACUGCAGCCCUGACCAUGACUCUCCUCCCUUGCGUUUUCCUGUAAAUAUUUGACGCAGAAGUACAAUGAAACUUUUUGAGCACAGAGUUUCGCUCUGUUAUAUCCGUACGGUUGCGAAGCACCUACUAAACUUCAUGCAUCAAAUUUAUUCUCAUAUUUGUUUAGUUUUGUUGAAGACGUGUAUUGCGAUGCAAAUCAGACUCAGUCUAGCAGUGAAGGGCUGAUGGUGUGUGUGUGUGUGGUGAGUGGAUGAUGGAUCUCAGUGUAUGCUGUUAAUUAUUUGUGAGUAUUUUAGUACAUUCCUAUAUUAUUUAUGGUUAUAUUGUGAUUGUAACAAGUGUAUAUACCUUUCAUACACACACACACACACAUGCUCACCCCCCCACACACACUCUCUUUCUCUCUCUCUUUAUAAUAUAUAUAUAAAUAGAUAAAUAUAUGAACCAACCUGUUUGAUCUGUGUUUGUAAGUGGUGAGUUUUGUACAUAUUAUGGUUUAGUUUCUUGUGUUGUUGGGAGGGAUGUUAAGUUAUGGCCAUCUGAAGUGUAAAGUUCAGGCAUGCAAGCUGAGCUGGGGACAGAAUGUCGAUCACUGGUUGGUGGCUGUAGUCGUUUAUAUUAGUUACACUGAACUAUCUAUCACGUUGCCGUGGUAGCGCUCACACUGCCAGCUGCUCGACUCUUUGACCAAGUUUUUUUUCUUUUUCUUUUUACCCAUUCUGCACUGGUAUUUCCUCAUUUAAAGGUUUUGUUACAUUUACUGUUUAAAACACCUGGAAUAUGCUGUAAAGAAGUAAUAAACCUUUGUUUUAGACAUUAUUAAGAAUAUAUGAUCUGUUUAUUCUUUCCCAAAAUUGAAUUAUGAUAUUGAUUAAUUGUUUUGGGUUAAAUGUUAUGCUUUCUGCUUUUUGUCUGUUGCAAAGUGCCUUCCAAAUACUGAUUGUGCUCAGCAGUUGAUUAAUAAAAAUAAAAUGGUCCUUUUUCUUUUCUAAAGGGUAAACAUUGUACAGAGUGACUUGCAUUGACACUUUUGUAUAAAAACGCAAGAUGUACAAUAUGUUACCUUGGUAUUUUAUCAUUUUACUCGACGGGAUUGCUCUUAAAAACACUUGAACUUUGUGUUUUGUUAUGACAUCUGGACAUAUUUCAUUAUGAGCUUACUUUUCUAUAGAUAUUUGUUUUUGUACUCUGUUAUUGAGUCUCGUCUCAAAUUCUUGGUUUGGAGAUGAGAAUCAAAUAAAUUGCAGCUGAAAAUCUCCAAA